CCUGCUCAACACAAUGGACGUAUCGCAAGACAUACCAAGGCCCCCGCGGUUCCUAUGUGAUCUCUACGACAUCCCAUCGGAGUCUACCCUCUUCACGACUACGACGGGACGCUUGAGGAGCUCCGGCAAGGCUCGCCCAUACGUUACGCUCACCUUCGCCCAGAGCUCCGAUGCGAAGAUCGCAGGCCCGGGCGGUACGCAGGUCGCGCUGAGCGGCGAGGAGAGUAUGCUUAUGACACACUGGAUGAGGACCAUGCAUGACGCGAUCCUCGUAGGGAUCGGGACGGCGCUGAACGACGACCCCCAGCUGAAUGUCAGACAUCUCCCGCCUCUCCCUGCCGGUACCCGCCUAAAAUAUCACCUUCCCCGCCCGGUUAUCCUCGAUGCGCACCUCCGUCUGCGACCGGACUGCAAACUCCUGAAGAAUUACCAAGCCUCAAAUGGACGGCGGCCCUGGGUCUUCUGCUUACCCACGGGUAGUCAAGACGAAGGAUUCAUCGCCAGAGCAGAGACGCUGCGCAACGCCGGCGCGCGUAUAUUCGAGGUCCCCGGGGACGGCGAAUCCCUGUCACUCCCAGCGGUUCUCACAGUCCUGUAUGACAAUUGGAUCGAGUCUGUCAUGGUCGAAGGUGGCGCGAAGGUCAUCAACUCGUUCCUGAACCUCGCGCGGGAGGAGGACGUUGUGGAUACGCUGAUUGUCACCCAAGCGCCUGUGAGGUUGGGGGAGGAUGCCGUUGGGUAUGGCACGAACAUUUUGGCUGGCGGGGGGGCGGCGCUUCCUGACAUGGUGCAUGUUGCGACGGCGAAGAUGGGUCCUGAUAAUGUGGUAGCGUUUAAGAGACACCGAUCUUGACCCACACCCUGCACCUCCCAUCGUGGAUGCUGCGCAAGUGCAGCGGUCGCUGAGGUAUCUAGUGACGGACUUGGCUAUGGGGGACCUACAUCCGCGAGUAGAUACCUCGAGCAGGGUCCGAACUCAGAGACAACUUAUAAGUACGUGACGGGAUAUAACGAACUUGCUUAUUUACACUGGCUCCUGAUGGAAGCCAGAGGCUGCAGCUAUAGAACGGGUUUCUCGCGGUCG